AACUAACAGAAGAGUAUUUUCCUCCAAGGAAUCUAUUUAUGGAUUGUUUUGCGGCGGAUCUUCAGGUGGAUCCUCUCCCUGACUUCUCAUGAGCGGGGAGUGAGUUGUCGGAGCCCUCUCUGACCCAAGGUCUUCUCAGGUGGGAGAUGUCUGAGGAAAAUCUGGGGGAAGAGUCGGGAAGCUCCCCCGUCUCUCCUGUGGACAGCCUGAGCAACAGCGAGGGAGAGCCGGACAAGCAGCCGAAGAGAGGCGGCGGGAGGAAGCGGAGAACCAGCAGGAAAAGCGGGGACGACUCGGACAGUCCCACCCCGGGGAAAAGAGGGAAGAAGUCCGGCAGCAGCAGCCCCCAGUCCUUCGAGGAGCUCCAGUCGCAGCGCGUCAUGGCCAACGUCCGGGAGCGACAGAGGACCCAGUCCCUGAACGAGGCGUUCGCGGCCCUGCGGAAGAUCAUCCCCACAUUGCCAUCGGACAAACUGAGCAAAAUACAGACCCUUAAACUGGCAGCCAGGUACAUCGACUUCCUCUGCCAGGUGCUGCAGAGCGACGAGCUGGACUCCAAGAUGUCAAGCUGCAGCUAUGUGGCUCAUGAGAGGCUGAGCUACGCCUUCUCUGUGUGGAGGAUGGAGGGCGCCUGGUCCAUGUCUACAUCUCACUAGCAUCUGGAGACUUUUAUUUGCCCAUAAUGGUGACUGCUGAAUCUACUUAUCAAAUUCUGAAGGGACAUUCUGGAGUCCAAUGCUGGAAACAUCGGAUCACUCAAGCCGAAGACGACUCUAUUUUAAAGCAUGGGCCCCCAUACUGGUGGGCUCAAAUAUUGUUGACGACGAAUGUUAGAUAUAUAUGUUGUUUUUUAUUUUUUGCUUUGUUUAAUGCGUACAUCUGAAAUUAUUUUUGUUGAAAUCAAAUGGCAUGGCUGACGGCUUACUGUUUGGAACAAACCUGUGCAAAAAAAAA